ACGCUCCACCCUCCCAUCUCCCGCGACUUUCAUUUCUUCUACCUUCCGACCAUGAACUCCGAUGGCCACCCACUUACCUUCUUUCUCUUAUUCUUCUCACUCCUGCUGUCUGUGGGAGCUCAAUCCUCACCACCCCCAGACUAUCCCUAUGCUAAAUUUAGCCCUUCAAUGGCCAUCAUAAUCGUCGUUCUUGUUGCUGCUCUGUUCUUCAUGGGUUUUUUCUCGAUUUACAUCCGCCGCUGCUCAAACGACGGUGGAAGUGUUCGUGCAGCUCUUUCUAUGCGCCGUGCAGGCAGAACAGCUGCGGCCACCCGCGGCCUUGACUCCGAGGUGCUCGAGACGUUUCCGACCUUCGCUUACUCCACCGUCAAAGGACUGAAGAUCGGAAAAGGAGCUCUGGAAUGCGCCGUUUGUCUCAACGAAUUUGAAGACGAAGAGACCAUCCGAUUAAUCCCCAAAUGCGAUCAUGUCUUUCAUGCCGAGUGUAUCGAUGCUUGGCUUGAGAAUCACGUUACCUGUCCUGUGUGCCGAUCGGAUCUCGUUCCCAAACCCGACGAGUCAACUCGACUCGCUAGCGAGUUUGAAUUAGGAACUGAUGAGCACAGCCACACGACGACGACGGUGGCGGAGGAAGGAAAUACAGACGUCGCUAUUCGGAUCGGCGACGAUGUUCUCGACCCGGCUCAACCAGCGGUUCUCAACCGUAACCAGAGUACCAAAUCGAACCGGCCACCGCGAUCAAGGUCUGUACGUGGACCGAAACUGUUUGAAAAGUUCAGAUCACAUUCCACCGGACAUUCACUGGUGCAGCCCGGUGAGAACACCGACCGGUUCACGCUAAGAUUGCCGGAGGAGGUAAGGAAGCAAAUGAUAAGCAACGCCUUACUGAACCGGUCGGGAAGCACCGUGAGGAUGGCCGCCGGAGAAGGGAGUACAAGGAAGGGAUACAGAACCGGUGAGGGUAGUAGCCGUGGAAGAGCUUAUCGACGAAUGGGUAGUUUAGACCGGGUGGCGGUGAGGUCGGAACGGUGGGUUUUCGCAAGAGCGCCGUCGUUCUUAUCACGAGCAUUCUCCGUUAGGUCUCCAAAGGUUGUGGCAGAUAACGGUGGCGCGUCGACGUCGUCAACGACGGCAGACAAUAUUCCCCUGAAUAACAUCGGGCCAAAGAGUGACGAGCCCGGUCCGAAAAGUGCUGACUCGUCUCGGCCGCCGGUUUAGAAUCUUGUUUGCCGGUUUGUUUUCAUCGAUGAAGCCGAUUGGUCAAGUGGGGUUUUCUGAAUUAAAAAUUUAGGUCGGAGUUGCCAAAGUUGACCUUGCGGUACUCGUGGUUAAUAAUUUUUAAUUGAAAUAUUAAUUUAAAAUUUUUGUAAAUUUAAAACGUAUUUUUCCUCGAAAAUUUUGAAUUAAUUUUGUGAAUAUUUGUUUGCAUAAUGUAACGUGUUCUUUUAUUUGGGUUAAAUGAGAAUUAUUCUUAUUUCAUAAAA